AUGAUUAUCAUUACGGCGCAGGACAGUGCUAACAACAAUACAAACUCCAACAGCCCUGCCUACAAUUCAUACUACUCAGCGCAACAAGAUAAUUCGUCAGCAACCUUGUAUAAUAGCAACGAUGUUUCCGCAUCUAAUUCAACUUCAAACCAAACAGAAUAUGCGGCACCAAAUACAGCGUCUUCUUACACAGAUGCUAAUAAUUCGACACAGGAGAAUGCUUUUGUGAAGCAGGAUGCAUUGAGUCUGACAAACUCAUCUGCCGCAACAGCUGACUAUAAUGUAUCUCCUUACAAUGGCACAGAUAAUUCGUCGAGUCCGUUGGCAAGUGACACACGAUAUUCAGAUCAGCAGUCAGCAGGAUAUACAUACUCAGAGCAGGCGCUGGCGCCAGCUCAGACACCUUCUCCAGCGCAGUCUCCGUAUCCAGCGUAUGCACCGAGCCCAGCACCUUAUCCAGCACCUUACUCUUACCCGGCGCCUUAUCCAUCACCAUAUCCGGCACCGGCUUAUGCUCCAUAUCCUGCUCCCGCUCCUUAUCCUUAUCCGGCGUACGCACCAUAUUCUUAUCCCUCCUCUUACCCAGCCCCUGCUCAAGCACCUUCUCCAGCCCCUGCAGAGGUGAAAAAUGAAACAAAGUCAUCGUGUCAACUAGAAAGACAAAUGGCUAAAACGAUGGACGAUGCAUUUGUCCCUGAAUGCAAAGAAGAUGGCAGUUACGGCGAUAUGCAAUGCUUUGAGCACGAAGGGUUUGCAAAACAAUGUUGGUGCGUCACCAGCGAUGGUCAGGAGAUCAGAGGAAGCCGCAUGUCAGAUGGACAAACACCGGACUGUGCAAAGAUUGUCGCAGCAGAAGAGAAGAAGGAUGAAAAGGAGAAAGAGAAUCAUCAUGACGAGCCAGUGACAACUAAGGAGGAAACACAAAUGAAUACAACGGAAAAGCUACCGGAUCAAGGCGGGAAAACUUACGAGGUUGAAAUACAGAUGUUUAAAAAUGACACAGAAAAACCAAAAACGCAGUGUCAGAAAGAACGAGAAAUAUCUCUUUCGCCAUUCAUUACGGACAUCUUUGUACCUGUAUGUGACGAGGACGGAAAGUUUGUUCCACUUCAGUGUUUCGAACACGACGUGUACGGUAAACAGUGUUGGUGUGUAGACUUAUCAGGUCAAGAAAUUCAGGGAACAAGAACGGAAAACGGCACCACCCUGGAAUGUGGUACAGUUCAUGCAAACAUCACAACCGUACCAAGCUGUAACCUAGGUCCCUAUGGCUGCUGCCAUGAUAACGAAACAUUUGCCAAAGGACCGGAUAUGGAGGGCUGUCCACCACAGCAAGACCAACACCUUACACCAUUAGCCUCUCCUGUAUCACCACCGGUGCUAAGUCAAUGCCAAAAGGAUCAACAAAAUGCGAAAAACAGUGGAGCAGCAGAUAUAUUUGUCCCUGAAUGCGAGCCAUCGGGUCUAUUCAAAGAAGUACAGUGUUAUAGCUAUCCUGCCAGUGGGAAGACUGACUGCUGGUGUGUGAAUCAAAACACUGGCAGUGAGAUUACUGGAACGAGGGUCACUGGGUUAACGCCAAACUGCAGAGGUUUUGCCAAAGACGUGUGUGGAUCUUUGCUGUUGGGUCAAGUUUGGUAUGAACAACUAACAGAUAAAAGUAACGCGAUGGCUUACCUACGCCAACUUAGCAAAGAGAUCUCACAAGGGAUUGUUGGAGUUUACAAAGGAGUUCACCCGGCCUUUAAAUCUGCACGACUUACUGCAGUAAGGAAAACGAAGAAUCCUUAUAUGAAAAACGGACCUUACAUCAUCAAUCUCUUCUUCGUAAUAUCUUUCAAAAAGGCUGUUGCGGAUCCACUUGCAACGCUAAGAGAUCAUCUUGUCUCCAAAAAAGUACUAAACAAACAUCAGUGCAUUCCUCAGUCAUUGCAUUUGAUAGGUCCUUUUCAUCCAAAGACUAAAUGUCCACCGAAGGGUUACCAACCUCUUCCAGGCCCCAAACCUGUGCACCCUCCGGCAAAGCCACCAGUCCUACAACCUUCUCCUAAACCCCCAGUUGUCAAGCCACCUCCUCCAAAGCCUUCCCCUGCACCUCAGCCGGUGAAACCUCCCGUGGUACCUCAUCCAACCAAGCCAAAUCCUCAGGUUGGUCUGCCUGUGGCUGCAUUACUAGCUCUUCAUUUACCUUUCGAUCGACAUUCGGGGAUAGAUGUUCUUGACACCUCCAGUAAGGCAAACAAUGGUAAAAUAAAUAACGUGGACAUAACAAAUCUGCCACAAGGUUGUGGCCUGGUGGGAUUAUUCUCUCACGGUAACGUGUCCUUCAACGGAAGAAAGUUCUUCCCAAAGCCCAGUGUUGCAGUUACGAUUGCAAUGUGGGUGAAGUUGACUUCAACAGCAGGGAGGCAGUCACUUUUUGACACUAUUGCAACUGGAGCCAAACAAGGAAACUACCACUUUGAAGUAGUUGACGGAAAAGUGCGGUGGUUUGCUCGUGAUAUAAAUGGAAAAGAUGUGUUUAAUGUAAAUACUGCACAAGUAGUGGUUCCUCCAAAUCAAUGGACUCAUCUCGUUGGCACCUAUGACAAACAGGAAGGAGUUGCACGGGUAUAUGUAAAUACACAGCCGGCAGCCAGCGCUAACGGUGCGGGUUAUCUGGCGCAGGACUGGGGCGAGAGAGCGGGAAUAGGAAGUCACAAAGGUGAUAGAUUCAUUGUUGGAGCUGUGGAUGAAGUGUACAUCUACACGUCUGCAUUGACACAGACUCAAAUAAGACACCUGGCUUGUGUAUGUGAAGACAGCAAAGGUAUUUCUAAGUUUCCGUAA